GAGAGAGAGACAGAAUGAGCCUGCAGCUGCGACUCUGUUAGACGGUUGUUGUCGGAGCGUUCAGGGAAGCGUGUGCGGAACAUGGACUCGGACGCCGGAGUGUGUGCUUAUACCUGAGACAGAGAGGAGAGCGAGCGAAGAGGUGGCCAUGGCGGAGAGCAACCACUGCGCGUCCAACGUCCCUCCCCCCGGCAUCCACGCCGUGUCGGGCGGCUACUACUCCGAGAGCGACGGCGAGGAGGAGGAGGGCGACGAGCGCGACCCCCCGAUCAUCUCCCUGUCCAAGAGCUCCACGGACGUCACGACCCGCCCACCGCUGCGCUCCGAGCUGGCCUGGUUCCGCUCGGACCUGCGCAAGAGCGUCAGCGCCCAGCGGCCGCGCAGCCUGGCCGGGUCGGGGCCCAACAUGUCCGCCUCCAAGUUCGGCGUCCUGUCCGGCGGCUACGUGCUGCGGCAGGAGAGGACCACCAGCCUGGGGAGCGGCGGCAGCACCAGCAGCCCCGACACGGUCAUCUUGAGAGGGGGCUCUAGAGGCGGCUCCAGGGGCCGUCCCUGGAGCAUCACGGAGGACCCCUGCGCCAAGCCCACGCUAGCCCCAGAGAAGGGCGCUCUUCCUGGGCUACCUCCCUGCAGUGGCCCCUACGUCCACAGGGACCUCCAGGCGGGACGGCUGGAAACACAGUGCCUGAGUGGGUACAGUCUCACAGGGAAUGGAGCUAACCUGGUAGCAGGCACAGACGCUGCACCCAGGUCUGCCCUGCUGGAGGGGCGGCCGGAUGAGGUUGCCGGGGGCAACGGUAGGGAUUCCGUUUUGGGGCUCGUUGACGGACGGGCUCCGAGCUCCCUGGGCGGAUACUGCAGGACUGAUCGCCCUGGCAGCGCUUUGCGUACCUCUGGUAGUUUCGGUACCUCCGUGUCGCUAACGCCCCCCUACGCUAACGCUGACGCGACGCAACUCCACAACGCCCGCCCGCUCUACUCGCCUGUGACUUACAUCUCUGAGGGUCAAAGGUCGUCCCUCUCGGCCGGGUCUCUGGCCUUCCCCCCUUUGGUGUCCUCCAUCAGCGAGACGAGCCUGGACCGGCGCUUCCUGACUCCCUGUUGCCGUGGCGGCAGCGACUCGUCCAGCGUCUGCAGCUCGGCGACCAUGACGGCGGCGCCCGUGUCCGCGUCGUCAGCGGCGCGCCGGAUGUGGGCCUCGCGGCAGCGGCCGGUCAAGGAGGCCGGCACCAUGACGUCCCGCAGUGACCUCCGAGACGUGGGGGUGCAGACGGGGUCUUUGGGGUGCUCCCCGGUCACCGCCACCGCCACCGCCGCCGCCGGUGUACUGUUGUCCAGCGGCCAGUCGAGCGAAGAAGACGAGGGGGAGACGAAGGUGGAGUGGGACGAGGAGGGGAUGACCUGGGAGGUGUACGGGGCGGCGGUGGACCCCGAGGAACUGGGCCAGGCCAUCCAGAGGCACCUGGAGCUGCAGAUCAAGGUUUCGGCCGUCGCCAUGGCGACAAGCGACGACGACGACAUUGACAACGACGACCCGGAGGGCAAAGGUCAGCAGCGGGGCGCCAAGGGGGAGGGUGCGGAGGCCGGGAAAGUCGCCGGGGACGGAAUGGAACCGAGUGGAAAGAAGAAGAGGAGAGUCGGACAAAGGAUGUCGCUACGGCGACCUGGAUGCUGUUUGCGGUCCAGCACAGUAGGGGAGUGA